AUGAGGACUUCUGUCACGUGUCUCUUGUUUGCUUUGGACAGUGAGAAAUCUGUGUCAGAUGGUCCUGAAGUGGCGUCUCCUGGUUCUCCUCUGGAGGAAGAUGCUGACAGGGAGCCUGUGAGCGUCUGCUCACCUGAGGUGGAAAAUGACCUGGAUGCAGACGUCACACCUCAAAGUGACAGAGAAGAGCUCAGCUGUUCAGAUGAACAACAGGACUCAACUGGUGCUGAAUAUCGUCAUCAGGUAGCAGACAUCCUACGUGAAGCUGCUCACGUUCUAUGUGAGGGACUGCUGGAUGUUGAGAGUCCGAUGAGCAUAUUCAUGGCUCAACAAGAGAUUCUCUUCAUCGCCCAAAAGCUGCAGGUGCUGUGGAUUAUUUUCAUUCAUGUCCUGCUGAUAGUUUUUCUUUUCUCAGACAGCAUUGCUCUCCUUUUAAAUGAGCAGUUUUCUGUGUUCAUUCUGCAGUUAGUAGCUCUUAGCUCCACAUCAUUAGGGUCAGUGCCCACAUCACCUGCCUGUAAAUCCAGUUCAGAUGAGAGUGGCAUCAAGAACCGUAUCAGGAUCCUCAAAGAAGAGCUGAGAAAACGAAAGGUCAUCGCCAACCAUCUGAUAAAGCAGCUGAAGAAGAAGAGACAGAUGGAGAGUAUCAAGGUCCAGUAG